UAUGUCUCUACAUUUACAUCAAUGUUGAUUUGAUAAGUGAUAAAUUCAACUCAUCAUCCUAAAGCAAAAACACAAAUCGUGGUAUUAAACAUAAACCAAAAAUCUAGCUCUAUCUAGUUGUAUUCUUCAAAAAUAUUUUAUAUUACCAGUAAAUCACAAGUAAAAUGUUAUUUUAGCACACUAACCUAUUUUCGAUUUAACAAACUUCUACUACAAGCCUAUUUCAUGACUUAUAAGUUAGAAUGAAAGGGAGUUGUACGGGGUAAACAGUAUUUUCCAGAGGAUUGUCUUAAAUACAAUUUUCUCUGUGUGUUUGAACGCAGCGUCAACCAGCAACACGCAGUGACUGACGUCGCAGCACGGGCGUGGACAGUGGCGGCGGGUGCGCAUCGUUGUGGAAAGUAGGUGGCAGGCAGCUUGGGUAAUGAUGGGGGAAGGCGGUUGGGAUGAAAUGCGUGACGGGUAAUUUAUAGUUUUAGCCCACUCGGAUUCUGAAGAACGUUGCUAUGGGGUGCAGGGCUUUUUAUUUAACGUUUCUGGCAAAUAUAGUUAUAUCAACAGCCACCAUAGCCCCCUAACUCAUAGCCCUCUAAAUCUUUACUUUACAAACUGUUUUUAUCCACAAGACAGACACUAGAUGUCUCUCUUCUCUCAUGGUUACCUCUCUUAACUGAAGUUGUUUGUCUUCAGAGAAGUUUCUGAACCAGCUUUAAUUAAAGUCCACACUGGUGGUUCAUUGAUUUGGAUGAGGUAUUUUUGGUCAUAUUGACAGUGUUUAGGGGUGUGUCUCCUCACAUAAUCUCUAAGCAAAUCUGUUGUAGGCUAUUGUUGAAGAUGUGCAACAACAAACCCACUUUGGUAAUUAUUAUUACAGGUUUGGGUUUGUAGUGCUGUUUUUUUGUCCUGGGCUAUCCCUGCAGAAAACAAUCAUAUUGGACAUCACGCACCCGCCUGCCAGCUUUCAAAUGAUUUAACUUUCCUGCAAUACACUGAAUUUUCCAUCCCUAUGUGGCUCAUGUUUUAUGUCUGUCCAAGUUAAUUGGAAAACAUAAGAAAACCCCCCAAAUUGUGAGGCCCAUUGCUGUGUCAAGUGAUUGGCUCAGUCAGUGUUUGUAGCUCCAGCUUGGAGGUAUUUCCUGAUUGGUUGCUGUGAGCACCAUGGGUCACUGUGGAAGCCCACGUACAAGCGUGGCCUUUCAGUGGCUGUGAACAGUGCUUGGUUUUCAUCUCGCUUACAUGUGGAGGCUUGGAAGCAGCCAGAUCUGGCACUGACUUAGGGUUGCUAUGGCUAUGUCCUUGUUACUUCCCAAUUGUCUGCAUGUUACACUAUUUUUUCUCCUGCUACAUGUAGGUAAUUGCUUUCAGACAGAACCAAAACUCUGUGAUUCAAGUUGUGCUGGGCUUUCUACCCCUGACUUGUUCUAUCAGAAAGGCGUGAGGUAUACCUACAGGUAUAGCACGACAAUUACCACAACCCUUCAUGGCUCCAAUGCUGGCAGGAAUGGACUGGCUCUGGACUGUGUGGUUGAUAUCAAUGUGAUUUCAAAGUGUCACCUUAUGAUGCAGAUUAGGAAUCCACAGAUAAAGCGGCUUUCUCCUCAGAAGGAGCACUCUGUUCAGCGUUUAAAGAGCUUGAGGGAGUCACUGGAGAGAGCGCGCCUCAAAUUCUCCCUCCAGGGGGGAAAGGUCACAGCCCUCUGUCUCCAGGAGGGGGAGCAGGUGUGGGCCCUCAACAUUAAAAGGGCUCUACUGAGCAUGCUCCAGACCUCCCGCAUGGGAUCCAAACAGGAAUUAGAAGAGGAGACCGAUGUGUACGGGAUGUGUACCAGUAGGUAUGAGAGGCGAGGACCUGUUCUGCUGAAGAGCAGGGAUCUAAAACAAUGCCAACAGUCCAGGCUAGCAAACUUCUGGCCCCAUUCAGUAUCUUUAACUGAAGAUACAUCACUGCAGUCAGAGCUGCACUGUGUUCAAAGGCAUGGGUUGCAUGGAGUGAUGGAAGAUGUCAACUGUACUGAAGCCAUUUCCAUGGCAACAUGGUCCACAACUGCAGGGCUGGUGAAAACCCAAACAGUGUCCACCCUGCGUCUGCUCAGAGCCCAGCCGGGGACUCCUUUAGAAACAGAUUCCUUAGAUCCUGGUGUGCUAACUGACCUGCAAUUUGAGGAUGAGGGGGCUGCAAGGCCCGAAAAAGCCAGAGCAUCAACACCUCAGCAAGCCAGUCAAACUGUCAGGAUUUUAUGUAGCCUCACCUCAGACCCACAACUGGCAUCACAAGAGUUCCUUCAACUGGCUUUCCAGCUGAGAGAUCUGACUCUCUCUCAACUCAAGACACUUUGGCAGGAAGCAUCUUUCAAGUGCCGCAAUGACUGGCAGCCAUUGUUGGAUGCAUUACCAGCCUGUGGAUCUGAAAACUGCAUCAUGCUACUGACUGACCUAGUGAGGAACAAAGAGCUGGAGGAGGAGCAGGCUAACGCUUUUCUCACCACCAUAGCCCUCAUCCCUCAUCCAUCGCCACAGAUCAUCGACUCCAUCAAUGCCUUACUGGAGAUCCAAGAGGUUCGGUCCAAGGCGCUGUUAACUGGAUCAUCUCUGGUCCAUCAACUGUGCCAAAGGUCUCACGCCUCCUGUAGUGAACUUCCGCAGGUACAGACCUUCAUACAGACGCUAAAGGAAACCCUGAAGGAGGGCUGCGAGGGAGAGCAACCCACUCGAGUGAAGAUGCAUUCAGAUGACCACAAGGUGCAUUUCUCAUCAUAA